GUUCCACCAAGUGAGAAGAGUGAUGACCAUCCUUUUCCUUACUAUGGUUAUCUCAUACUUCAGUUGCAUGAAAGCUGCCCCAAUGAAAGAAGCUAGUGUAAGAGGACAAGGCAGCUUGGCUUACCCAGGUCUUCGGACCCACGGGACUCUCGAGAGCCUAAAUGGGCCCAAUGCUGGUUCAAGAGGACUGACAUCACUGGCGGACACUUUUGAACAUGUCAUAGAGGAGCUUCUAGAUGAGGAACAGGACAUCCAGCCCAGCGAGGAAAACAAGGAUGCAGACUUGUACACAUCCCGAGUCAUGCUAAGCAGUCAAGUGCCUUUGGAACCCCCACUGCUCUUUCUGCUUGAGGAGUACAAAAACUACUUGGAUGCUGCAAACAUGUCCAUGAGGGUCCGGCGCCACUCUGACCCAGCUCGCCGUGGGGAACUGAGCGUCUGCGACAGCACGAGCGAGUGGGUGACAGCAGCGGAGAAAAAGACUGCAGUGGACAUGUCCGGGGCGACUGUCACCGUCCUGGAGAAAGUCCCAGUACCCAAAGGCCAACUGAAGCAAUACUUCUACGAGACCAAAUGCAACCCCAAGGGGUACACAAAGGAGGGCUGCAGGGGCAUAGACAAGAGGCACUGGAACUCCCAGUGCCGAACUACCCAGUCUUACGUGAGAGCUCUCACCAUGGAUAAUAAAAAGAGAGUCGGCUGGCGCUUUAUAAGGAUAGACACUUCCUGUGUAUGUACAUUAACCAUUAAACGGGGAAGAUAGUGGGUUUGUGUUGUAUAGAUUAUAUUGAGACAAAAUUAUCUAUUUGUAUAUAUACAUAACAGGGUAAAUUAUUCGGUAAAAAAAAUAAUUUUAUGGACUGCAUGUAUAACUGAAGUUUAUACAGUACAGUAGUUCCACAAUCUAUUUAUUGAACAUAUCCAUGACCUGAAGGGGAACAAAAGUCAUUUGCGCACAAGGUUUAAAAAAAAAAAAAAUACAAAAAAAAAAACCAAAAAAGGAAAAAAAAAAAGAGACCCGAGCAAACAGCGAAGUCUGCAUUACAUUCCUUGAUGACAUUGUGGUUUGUUGCCGUUGCCAAGAAUUGAAAAUAGAAAAAGAUUUAAAAAAAAAAAAAAGAAUAAAAUUGCAUGCUGCUUCAAUUGUGGAUUGAUGAUAAACUGUCCUCUUUCCGAAAAAUAAAUUGAACCAAAACAUUCCGUUUACAUUUUAGACAGUGAGUAUCUUUAUUCCUGUUAGUAUUAUAUCUGUUUACUGCUUUUAACUCCUGAUAGCGUUGGAAUUAAACAAUGUCAAGGUGCUGUUGUCAUAGUUUUACUGUUUCUCUUUUACUUUUGAACUCCCAGCAGAUUGAAAAAGGAAAAAACCAACAUCAUUACCUUAUCCUGGAUUAAAACCCAAUUUGUUUUUUUGUAUGUUGUGAAGGUGUUUGCAAUAGCAAUCCAACUACUGACAAAAAAGAAUAAAAAAAAGAGGCAACU